AUGGAGGCUCUCCGCCUAACGCCGUCGCAAUCGCCAAUCCUCCGUCCAAACCACCGGUUCGAAUUGGCUCCACAAACACUCUCUCGAUCUCACAGGAAUCCAUUUAAGUCGUUCAUCAAUGCCGCUAUCUCCAAACAUACGGCAGAGGUCCCUCCUCCAAUGCCUACUACACCAUCGCCAGCACGGCCAUCCCCGACCUCUGCCGCCUCUACUGUUUCCUCUCCUUUGAAGAAAGUUUCUCCCAAUUCUCUCCAGUAUCCGUCUGGUUACCUCGGAGCUGUGCCGGACCGUACAGUUCAGGAUGUGACUAAUGACAUAAUAAAUGCUAUGGGAUAUUUGACCAGUAUAUUGUCGUCUAAGGUUUAUGACGUGGCGAUUGAAUCUCCUUUGCAGUUCGCUCCUAAGCUUUCAGAAAGAUUGGGGGUUAAGGUUUGGCUUAAGAGAGAGGACUUACAGCCGGUAUUUUCAUUUAAGUUGCGUGGAGCUUAUAAUAUGAUGGCAAAAAUUCCAAAGGAACAGUUGGAAAGAGGGGUUAUCUGCUCAUCAGCUGGAAACCAUGCUCAAGGUGUUGCAUUAGCUGCCAAGAGACUAGGCUGCAAUGCAGUGAUUGCUAUGCCUGUAACUACUCCUGAAAUCAAGUGGCAAUCUGUUGAGAGGUUGGGUGCUACUGUUGUUCUAGUUGGGGAUUCUUAUGAUGAAGCACAAGCGUAUGCAAAAAAGAGGGCCAAAGAGGAGGAUCGAACAUUCAUACCUCCUUUUGAUCAUCCCGAUGUUAUCAUGGGACAGGGAACUGUUGGGAUGGAAAUUGUGCGUCAGAUGCAAGCCCCACUACAUGCGAUAUUUGUGCCUAUUGGCGGGGGUGGACUAGUAGCUGGUAUUGCUGCCUAUGUAAAGAGGGUUAAUCCUGAGGUAAAAAUCAUUGGGGUGGAACCCUCUGAUGCAAAUGCAAUGGCAUUGUCCCUACAUCAUGGUGAGAGAGUGAUGUUGGACCACGUUGGAGGUUUUGCUGAUGGUGUGGCUGUUAAAGAGGUUGGUGAAGAAACUUUCCGUUUGUGCAAGGAAUCGAUAGAUGGCGUGGUUCUUGUAAGCCGUGAUGCAAUUUGCGCCUCUAUAAAGGACAUGUUCGAGGAGAAAAGAAGCAUUUUAGAGCCAGCAGGUGCUCUUGCCCUUGCUGGAGCUGAAGCAUACUGCAAAUAUUAUGGCCUUCAGGGCAAAAAUGUUGUGGCAAUAACCAGUGGCGCAAAUAUGAACUUUGAUAAACUGAGGGUUGUGACUGAACUUGCCAAUGUUGGUAGGCAACAGGAGGCUGUGCUUGCAACUGUUAUGCCAGAGGAGCCUGGGAUGUUCAAACGUUUUUGUGAACUGGUGGGACCCAUGAAUAUCACCGAGUUCAAAUACAGAUGUAAUUCCGAAAAGGAGGCUGUUGUUCUGUACAGUGUUGGCCUUCAUACAGUUUCUGAAAUUGAAGCAUUACAGCAACGGAUGGAGUCUUCUCAACUGAGAACUUACAAUCUUACAUCAAGUGACUUGGUCAAAGAUCACCUGCGUUAUUUGAUGGGCGGUAGAUUGAAUGUUCAAAAUGAGGUUCUUUGUCAUUUUGUUUUCCCAGAAAGACCUGGGGCUCUCAUGAAGUUCUUGGACACCUUCAGUCCUCGUUGGAACAUUAGUUUGUUCCAUUACCGUGGGCAGGGUGAAACCGGUGCAAAUGUGCUGGUUGGAAUCCAGGUUCCUGAACAUGAGAUGGACGAGUUCCAUAGCCGUGCCAACAGUGUUGGGUAUGAUUAUGAUCUUGUAACUGAUGAUGAUAACUUCCAGCUUCUGAUGCAUUAAUUGGAGCUUCCCUGUGAUUUUUAUAUCAACUUGAAUAUCUUACUAUGCACAACAACCAAAAAACUUUUUUGGUGUGUAGAAAGAAAGCACCAAUAUGUUUGCUAUCUUGUGAAAGAAAGGGAGUUGAUAUGCUUUGUAGUUCUCUUGCUAUCAUCUUUGUAAAAUAUAUGAUUAGGGUUCACAACCGCACUGCACAUUUGACUAGCUUCUAAUUUAGUUGAAUUAUAUAUUGUGCCUUGAUUUAAGGCACUAAGUUGUAUAUUUAUGAAGAGACUGACAGGUGAAAUUUUUUAUCUGGACUGCUAUUAUCUAUAACAUAACCUAUGUGAAUGCAGUGGCAACCUGAAAUCUAUUGUCCAAA